AUGACAUAUUACACGCAAAUCCCACAAAUGACUGUCCCUCCGGCCAAAGAAGGGCCAUACGAGUGGAGGCAUGGAUUGUUUGAUUGCUUUGGAGAUUGCGAGUUAUGCCUCCUUACAUACUUUUUCCCCUGCAUCACAUAUGGUCGAAAUAAGGCGAAAUUAACACCCGAUAGUGGUUGUGCUUCAGAAUGCCUGCUUUGGUGUUGCACAUCCGAGUUUUUUGGCACUUGGCUAAUCGGAAGCAUAACUCGAGGCGAAAUUAGACAAGAACGAAACAUUCGG